AUGGUUGUGGCUGCUGGGAUUGGUGCGACCGUCCUCUGCUCUCUGACAUCCUCCACUGCCGACGCUUCGUCGUGCACUUCUGCCAUGCUCUCCUCGCUGCCCAAGCGGCCGGCGUCGACGACUCCGGAGAGAGAUAGACCCAGCAAACGCCAGGCGACCUCGUCUCCCGAGGAAGGCGAACUCGAAGACGCGACGCCCCCGCCCCCGCCGGUGGCUAAAUCUCCCUCGCCUGCUAAAGUACCCUCCAAGCCUGUCGCGAAGGUCCCCUUCCCCUUCAAGAAGAAGACGAACGCACCAGAGAAUGGUUCGAGCUCUCAUAACGGAUCGGGGAGAGACCGGUCGGCGGCGCGUGAUGAUGAGCGGAGACAUCGGGAGGACGACGCGCACAGGCAAGCAUUUGGACUGCCUCCCCGCCCUGCGGACGACCGCUAUGGACGGUCAUGGGCUGCUGACCGUUGGGAACCUGCUCCGGAUCGAUAUGGACGCUCGCGGCGAGAGGGCCAGAGCUAUGUGCCCGAAUCCAGACAGUACUCCCGCGAUUCGGAGCGGAGACCCUACCGUUCGCCAUCACCCCCUCGUCAUGCUGAAAGAAGACCACCCUCCCGCUCGCCAUCUUCAACGCGGUCCAGGUCGCCGCUGACCCCUACCUCUCAAAAGGAGAAGCACAGGCUUCCGCCGCCCCGUCCCGUUCUUCCGGAUCCUCCGAGUACCUUCCGGCGAGCCUAUGACCAGGAAAGGUGGAAAGACGGUGACUCAAGCUGUCGGGAUGGCCGCAGUGAUCGUGAACAAGACAGGCGUUGGGGUGAUGAAUCCAGCGGCCGCAACCAUGCUCACGCGAACUCCCCUACAUACGCGCCGCAGUCUCCUUCACCGCGACUGAUAGAGACACGUCUGAUAUCCCCAAGGACGACUCCUCGACUUGACGGAGCUACGGAACGGACGAACACACCUCCGCCACUUUCCCGUCUUCCGCCACCCUCUGGCGCCGCGUCGCUCCCUCCUAGACCCCCGACACCUAUCAAUGCCCACACCCCACGAACACUUGCUUCUGCUCUCCCCAGGCGGGAAUCCGAGAUUCGUGACGCUCCCUCGGAGGCGCCUCGGCAAGAUUCGAACAAAGACACCACUAUAGUCAAGCCCGCCAUCCGUCGACCUAGGCGCAAGCCUGUACGUAGAACCCGGGAAGAAGAUGUAGAUGCGUAUGGACGUAGCUUUGAGGGCUGUGGCCAGCAGAGUGACUAUGCAGUCUUGACCAAGUUGGGCGAAGGAACGUUCGGAGAGGUGCACAAAGCCAUACACCGCGAGAAAGGGCAUACUGUUGCCCUGAAGCGUAUCCUGAUGCACAACGAAAAGGAGGGCAUGCCAGUCACCGCUCUGCGUGAAAUCAAGAUCCUAAAAGCGCUCAAGCAUCCUUGUAUUGUGGACAUCCUUGACAUGUUUGUUGUGAGAAGUCAUGGCAAGGAAUCGCCUCUCUCGGUGUACAUGGUGUUCCCGUACAUGGACCAUGACCUGGCUGGUUUGCUAGAGAAUGAGCGGGUCAAGCUCUCCCCCAGCCAGAUAAAGCUCUACAUGAAGCAGCUCCUAGAGGGAACGGAAUAUAUGCAUCGGAACCAUAUCCUUCACCGUGAUAUGAAAGCGGCCAACUUACUCAUCUCCAACGACGGUUGCUUGAAGAUCGCAGAUUUCGGUCUCGCGCGUGCGUUUGACCCUUCAAUCGUCCUAAGGAAGCAAGACGCGCGGGGCCGUGAACGCAAGUACACUAACUGCGUCGUCACCCGUUGGUACCGUCCACCCGAGCUCCUUCUGGGCGCGCGCCAGUACGGCGGUGAGGUCGACCUUUGGGGCGUAGGCUGCGUCCUAGGCGAGAUGUUCUUCCGUAAGCCCAUUCUCCCUGGUUCCUCCGACCUGGACCAGUUGGACAAGAUCUGGCAUUUGUGCGGCUCGCCCUCACGAGAAAGCUGGCCUGAGUAUGAGUCUCUGCCGGGGUGCGAAGGCAUCAAGCCCUUCGGUAACCACGCGCGACGGCUAAGGCAGACUUACGAAUCCAUCGGUCCCGAGACUGUCGAUCUCUUGGAUAAGCUACUCGUGUGCAACCCGAAGGAGCGCCUGACGGCUUCCCAAGCACUUGAUCAUGACUACUUCUGGACUGACCCUCUGCCAGCUGAUCCAAAGACACUGCCUACGUAUGAAGCGUCUCAUGAGUUCGACAAACGUGGCCGCCGCCAUCAACCACCUCCUGGGCCUCCCAUGCCCCAUCCCGCUGACGGCCCGCCAAGGCACCUUCCUCCGCCCACUGGGGCCAUCCACCACGGGGGCCGGCCCCCGCCCCCUCGAGAGAACUUCCGCAACGGACCUCCGCGCUACCCCCCGCCCGGAGCCGGCAUUCCCUCUGCCCUAUACCUCCCUCUCCCGCCCGCUCCAUACCCACCUUACGGCCAUGCGAUCGUUCCACCUCCGACCCUUCCUCCUAUCUCUCUCCGCCCCGGCCAGCCCCCGCCCCAAAUUAUGCCCAUUGCUAUGGCACAGCCGUUGCCACCGCCGCCCUUUGCGCGCCCGGUGCCGCACCUGCCACCCCGUCCGUCUAUGCCCAUGUCGAUGGGCAGAUCCUCCGGGCCGCCGCGUGACCAGCGACACGGCGACAGAUACAACGGCGGUGGCGGAGGUGGUAGUGGAGGCCUGAACUACGGCUGA